AUGCAUCUCCGGCCUACAAUAUCCUAUAGCACAUACAUUCAUUACCGUUUUGUGGGUCCACUGUCCACAACGGACAUAGAAAAAAGGGGACAAUCCGGGAACAGCUCCGAGGACUCGUUGUCAUCGGUUCCUAUCGUGUGUGCAGCACGCUGCAGCACGGUUACUUAUCAGGGUCGAGGCAAUGUAGGUCGGUUAGAUGGUAGUUUUCCGGGCUCGACCGAAUUGCUUGCUAGUGUGAAAACAUAACCGGAUUAUUUUAUAGGCCUUCCCCUUCUUCGAAC